UCAUAAAAAUAAUCAUUCUGUUUAUCUGACUACUCAAAAAAUUCUACAAAAAGAAUGUGCAACCUUAUCAAGAAUGGAUGCAACAACUAUUAGAAGAAGCCAAAACCUUCAAGCUGUCUUGGAAACAAAAUCUAUAUUGAUUACUUUUGAACGGACAAAUCAGAAAAUUAAUAAUGAUUAA